UCUAAAGAGUUCUCGUUUCGUUUUCCUCACCGCUUUUUUUGAAAAUAAAAAAAUCUCGUCUUCGGCAUUAGGUUUCUCUGGUGAACCAGGUUAGCUUCCCUGGAAAUUCCAGAUCGAUCGCGCGGAAAGUCGAAACUGAUUUGUUUGAAUGCACUAAACCUUUGGUUUCCGAAAGGAUAGCCUUUUGCGCGGUAGUUUGGCAGAACAAAUCAAUGGCAACGACAGCUUGUUUUAUCAUCGUAAGCCGGAAUGAUAUCCCUAUAUAUGAAGCUGAAGUUGGAUCUGCUGCUAAAAGAGAAGACGCUGCUCAGCUGCAUCAAUUCGUAUUACAUGCAGCUCUAGAUAUUGUUCAGGACCUUGCUUGGACUACUAGUGCCAUGUUCUUGAAAGCUAUCGAUAGGUUUAAUGAUCUCGUGGUGUCAGUCUAUGUAACGGCGGGUCAUACGCGACUCAUGCUACUUCAUGACUCACGCAACGACGAUGGAAUCAAGAGCUUUUUCCAAGAGGUUCAUGAGCUUUAUAUAAAGAUUCUUCUCAAUCCGCUCUACUUGCCUGGUUCACGCAUUACAUCAUCACACUUUGAUACAAAAGUCCGUGCACUAGCAAGAAAAUAUCUAUAGAGGCUUCACUGGUUGGGAUUAUGCAUGGGACCUUUGGCCGUUCAAUUUUUAAAGCUUCAAUACAUUGGGUUCAUGAGUGGGAUGCUCAUGGAAUAAGUUUCAAAGAUUGUUAUGAAUUUGUGGACAUUUCUAUGAUACUUAGAUGUCAGAUAUAUGCUUCAGGUUUGUGAAGAAUGCCACAAAAUAUGCUCCUCGUCAAGUCUGUUAUAGUCUCAAAUAGCAUAUUAUCUGGCGGUUGGUCCUAAUGCAGAACUCGUAAAUUUUGCUGUCAA